GGCAACGUAUCAUUGCAAGGCAGAGAGAAAGAAAGAGAUACGCAAACUAUUAACAACAGCGAAGCUGGAUUUCGCAGAGAGCGCGGGUAUGAUGGAGUCGAUGACUGGCACCGGGGGCGGGGCCUUCGAACUCGACACCGGCUUCGAGCCUCAAACUCGAGCGCGUUCCAACACGUGGCCCUGUCCGCGUCCCGAUAACUUUCCCGACGGUGCCAAGGAGCCCGCCGGAGAGUCUGGAACGCCGCCCCAACAAACGGGCCUCGGCCAAACGGGGGUAGGCAUUCUCCCGGUCAAGAAAAACAGUUCCCGAAGGAACGCUUGGGGUAAUCUCAGCUACGCAGACCUCAUAACUCAAGCUAUCACCAGCGCUCCCGAUAAGCGACUUACUCUUUCACAAAUCUACGAGUGGAUGGUGCAGAAUGUGCCCUAUUUCAAGGACAAAGGUGAUAGUAACAGCAGUGCUGGAUGGAAGAAUUCAAUCCGACACAAUUUAUCAUUACACAAUCGCUUCAUGCGGGUACAAAAUGAAGGGACCGGUAAAAGUUCUUGGUGGAUGAUCAACCCUGACGCAAAGCCAGGAAAGUCGGCUCGACGAAGAGCAACGUCAAUGGAGACAAGUAAAUUUGAGAAGCGACGCGGUCGAGUAAAGAAGAAGGUGGAGGCAUUGAGAAAUGGAAACUUGCAGGCAGAUGCGACGCCCAGUCCAAGUAGCAGUGUCAGCGAAGGUCUUGACCUAUUCCCUGACAGUCCCUUACAUCCCACCAGCAACUUCCAGUUAUCACCAGAUUUUCGCCCUCGAGCCUCGAGUAAUGCUUCGUCCUGCGGAAGAUUGAGUCCUAUACCAGCCGUUCUUGGUGAACCCGAGUGGACAACAAAUUACGCUUCUUCCUAUAGCCCGGAGCAACUUGCUGGGAGUCUGGCAGAAACGAUGAAGCUCGUCCCAGCCUAUCAAAUAUACCAGACGUCGCCAUCGAGCCAUCAGCAACAAUCCGGUCCUCCGCCUUCCUACUUUGAAGCUCAAUAUCAAAGAAGCAAUACUCUAAGAACUGCUUCUUCGUCAUAUGGAUUGCCACCAACUUCACAGCCAACAAAUUCGACCAGAUGUUCGCUGCACCGUUUGCAACCUUGUGCUUGCCAAAUGCAAAACAUCAAUCUUGUAUCGAACAUAUCACCAUCGUAUCAGCAGAGGGAACCAAGUCCAUCGUUAUCCAGUCAGCAACAAACAAUCCAUCAGUACCUCAUGCAACAGCAGCAGCCGGAUCAACAGAAAUCGCAUCAGCAGCCUCAUUCUCAGCAACAGACACCGACUGCUCAGGUACAGCCCCAGGUGCCAAGUGGAAGCAGUUCACCCGAGUCGCCUAUUCCCAGCACAAUGAUGGGGCAAUUGAUGGGGGCACUUAAUAAUACUGCUCUGCUCGAUGAUCUAAACAUCAAUAUUGAAACAUUGCACGGCUUUGAUUGUGAUAUCGAUGAAGUAAUAAAGCACGAGCUUUUGAUAAAUGGGACUCUUGAUAUAAACUUCCAGCAGAGUUCGAUGGGUCUAGGGGUGGGAGGCACCGGUGGUGUCCCAACAUCCGAGUGCGUUGGGGCGAUUGAGCAACUAGCAGAAACAACGCACCAGGUAGCGACGAGCAACGUAGCUGGAGUUGCAAACAAUGCUGCCUCUGCCGCAGCUGUCUACGCAUCAACUAACGCUGCCACUCCGGCGGCGUCACCUUCUUGGGUUCACUAGCAGUGGUUUCCACUGCCCUCGACACCGCCCUUGUCGAGCGAGCAGCCAACAUCGUACGACUUAGCCAGAUUAAGGC